AAAGGAAAAACAAAAAAGAAGAAAAGAGCCCAAAACCAAUAAACAAUUGAAAAGCGAAAAAGAGCCGAAGUUAAAAUCCUCCAAUAGAAAAGCAGCAGAAACCAAAUUCCAAAAUCUACUGUUGCUCAUUCUGAUUACGCAGAUAAACGGGUCGUACCGUUUGACUCUGAGAUCUACACUUCCCCCAUCAGAAUCAAGUUUUUGUUGAGUAUUCGGGAAUUCCCAUUUGCAAUUCUUGAUCGAUUUUUGUGUAAGUCUCUCUUUUUCGUCGGUGGUAUUGUGUUGAAAUCUAUAUUUGUUGUGUAUGGAUACAUGAACGAUUCUCUUGGGUUUAUAUAUCUCGUGUAUAUGUAAAGUUUUCCAGAAACGUAGAUGGAUAGCAAUUACUCUAAAUUACAGGUGAAAGAUGGGAACUAUCAGUUCAAAGAUCCGUCUUUCAGAUUGUAUUCACCAGACCAUGGUAAUGGGUAUUUGAAUCCGCCGAAUGCGGAUGAUUUAGAUGUUGAAGAUGUGAUAGAUCUAGACGAGCUACCGUUUAUUUUCGGUGAAAGGAAAUCUGGGUCGGGGAUUUAUGGUGCUGUUUUUAAUCUUACGACCUCUGUUAUUGGGGCUGGCCUCAUGGCCUUGCCGGCCACCAUGAAAGUUUUGGGCUUGAUUUUGGGUGUAAUCUUGAUAUUUUUGAUGGGUAUUUUGUCUGAGAUUAGUGUGGAAUUUUUGGUCCGAUUUUCUGUCCAAAGUAAGGCAGCCACAUAUGGGGAGGUUGUGCAGGCUGCAUUGGGGAGGACGGCGAGGACUUUGUCAGAAAUUUGCAUAAUAAUCAACAAUGCUGGUGUUUUGGUUGUGUAUUUGAUCAUAAUUGGGGAUGUUAUGUCGGGAUCUCUCCGUCACAUGGGUGUUUUAGAUCAAUGGUGGGGUCAUGGUUUUUGGGAUCAUAGGAAGAUAGUGAUUCUAGUUGUUCUGGUGCUUUUUCUUGCGCCGUUAUGUGCUUUGGAUAAAAUUGAUUCCUUGAGCACAACUUCGGCUGCUUCUGUAGCACUUGCUGUGGUUUAUGUUGUUGUUGCAUUUAUCAUAGCUGCUAUCAAGCUUGCUGAGGGAAAGAUUGAGCCUCCAAGGAUGUCGCCAGAUUUUGGUUCCUGGAGCGCCAUUCUUGAUUUUCUUGUGGUGAUUCCUAUCAUGUCGAAUGCUUAUGUGUGUCACUUUAAUGUUCAGCCUAUCUAUAAUGAGCUUGAAGAACCCUCACCGCAUAAAAUGUAUCGAAUAGGAAGGAUCACGACUAUUAUUUGCGUUUUGAUAUAUGCUUCCACUGCCAUUGCUGGCUAUUUACUCUUUGGAAAGGAUACCGAGUCAGAUGUGCUCACUAACUUCGAUAAGGAUCUUGGGAUUCGGUUUAGCACUGCUUUGAACUACAUUGUCCGUAUUGGUUAUGUUCUUCAUUUGAUUCUUGUGUUUCCCGUGGUUCAUUUUUCCUUAAGGCAAACUGUGGAUACCUUAAUUUUUGAAGGAUUAAAUCCACUAUCUGAGAGCAGGAAGAGGUGUCUCGUCAUAACCUUCGUGAUCUUAGGUCUUAUAUAUCUGGGCUCAACCACGAUCCCUAACAUUUGGACAGCUUUUAAGUUCACGGGAGCAACAACAGCGGUUUCCUUGGGUUUCACCUUUCCAUCCCUCAUCGCUUUAAGGUUAAGCAAAGUAGGGAGCGGAUUGAGCCAAGCGGAGAGGUUCUUGUCUUGGUUGAUGUUGACAUUGGCGAUCAUAGUAAGCAUUGCUGGAGUGAUUGGAAACAUCUAUACAUUCCAAAGCAACUGAAAGAAGGCGACAUGGUUCAGACCUGUUUGCUUGGGUAUUUUUUUGUCUACAUUCUGCUAAAUCGGCCUCGUUAUUUUUCUUUCCAAUUUCCAGAGUUUGCCAAGAGACAGAAUGCUGCUAACAGCUAAGUCAGACCAGCCAACAAGUAUAAGUUUUGUUCCUGAAUAAAUGUAAUAGCUCAGAAAUAUAUACUUCUCGAUACUUUCCUCCUUCGCAAUGAACAGAAAACAUUCAUUUUUGUUUCCACACCCUUCAGAUAGUGAUUGCUCUUGUAUACCACUGGAUUGUUACAUCGCCGUUAAAAUGCAUUGCUUUACUGUAA